AAAAAAGAAAGGGAAUAAAGAUCUCUCCGAGCUGCUCCAUUUUGGGGUCAAGGUCCAGUUCGGUCUCGUUGGAAGCCCGAAAUGGAAUCGUUUAUUUUGUAAAGCUUCUCUCCAGUAUGUUUCUAAGCAAAAAAAUUAGUUUUGAUCAAACAUCAAUAAUUACAUAUAUAAACAAAACAGAUUUGUACGGACAUCAUUAAGCAAAGUGAGCUGCAAAUUCUCUUUUUUUGCACAUGGCUUUGGGCUACUGAGCGUCCAAAUGAUACUGGGGGCAAGAAGAGUGAGAGAGAGAGAGAGAGAGAGAGAGAGAGAGAGAGAGAUGUAUCUGAAGAAGGCCUUCUGGAGCGACAGCCUGAACUCGGACCCCCAGACCCAGUCGCCGUCGCCCGUCGGAGACGUGGUGAACUCGCUCGACAAGCAGAGACUCUACAGGGAAAUCACGCUCGCGCUCCGGACCGGACUCAAGGACGCGCGAGCCGAGUUCUCGUUCCUUCGCGUCCGCGGCCUCCGCAGCAUCCUCAAGUUCCUCCGAUCCGUCGCCGAGUCCGACUCCACAAUCAACCUCUUCUGCCACAGCCAAUCCAUCCCCGAUCUCCAAGUUGUGCCGGUUCUGUUUCAACAUUCAUUAAAAGAGCUAGAGGAGCAGAGGGUAGCAAAUUUGGAUCAUAUAUUUGGCACUGAACCCAUUAGGAUAGUUACACCUUCAACUGAUUCUGAAGUUGCACUUGCACUUCGAGUUUUGGAAGGAUGUUGUUUGCUGCACAGAGGAAGCGCACUACUGGCUCAUCAACACAAGGCAAUCCAGGUAUUGAUGAAUAUCUUAUCCACUCGAGGAGUACUUGAGCAAGGCGCAUGUCUAGAUGCUUUAAUCUCAAUAAUGCUCGAUUCAUCUGCCAACCAAAUGGAUUUUGAGGCGUGCAAUGGCAUUGAGGAAGUUGCUAUACUCAUAAAAGACAAACAAGUAGAAGAGAAUUUGAGGCUAAAAUGUGGAGAGUUUUUGCUGCUGCUCAUUGGGCAUGUAAAUGGGAGAGAGAGAUCUCCAAUGGCAGCAGUACAUGAAGACAUAAGGCGGCUUAUGGGUGAGAAGUCUGCCUCUUUGAUUUGGGCUGCUAGUCAGUUUGGCUCUACCCUUGAUCCAGAGCAGAGACUGAUGGCUCUACACAUCCAAGCUCGCAGAGUGCUCGAGUCGCUUGACCUUUACUGAAUCUAAUCAUAGUAAUGAUCCUUUCAUCGCUGCUAUUUACCCUCACAGGAAAAUUCCUGGAGCGGCUCAGAAGAUACACGCUGGAGGUGCGUCAUCAACUCCCGUUGUUUUUUUUCUCGAGUAUGUGUUGGUAACAAUUUGUAGACUGAUCUGUGGAUAGAAAUGAAAGGCUGGGAAUUUCCCUUUACAAUUGAAA